AUCUCCGGAGGGACAGAUAGACGAUGGAAGAGAUUACCUGGAAUCGCCGGUGGCCAACCAAAUACCAAACGAGACAAACCUUCUUCCUCUCUCUCUCUCAAAGAAAUUGUCUUUCGUCAAUUCUCUUCUCCUUCUUCUUUCUUCAACGCCAUAACUUUCUUCUUCUUCUUCUGGGUUUCCGUGAAAGUUUUCAAGAGAAUCUCAGAGCUGUUCUAUGGUUGUGAGAUCAAUCAUCUCAGAGCUUUUGUUUGUGGUUUGUCUUUGUUGAUCUAAGAGCUAGUGGGAACAGAGGAAAGCAACAGACUGAAAACGCUUUUACCUUGAAAACACACAAGAGGAAAUUGUUACUGGAUUGCUGAUAGAUUUACAUGAUUGAGAAGAGCUCAGCGGAUGGUAUGGAUUUUUCACCUUUGAUUACGGUUCUAGAGGGAGAUUUCAACAUGGAGAAGGCUUCUGCAGUAGAGACUGAUACUUUAGAUGACUCUACUAAACAAAUGAGUAAAGGAAAACCUCCGAGACACAUUUCUUCUAUGCAACAUAUCACAAGCACUACUACUAGUAGGCUGCAGGAUGUGGAUGUUUGUAGUUUGGUUAUGAAGUCACCUGAUGAAAAAUCAGAGUUUCUGCCUGUAUACCGAUCAGGAAGCUGUGCUGAACAAGGAGCAAAACAGUUUAUGGAAGAUGAACACAUUUGCAUUGAUGAUCUUGUUGAGCAUCUUGGUGCAUCUGUUGAUUUCUCAUCUCUUGGAGCCUUCUAUGGGGUGUUUGAUGGUCAUGGAGGCACAGAUGCAGCACUGUUCGUUAGAAAGAACAUACUGAGAUACAUUGUAGAAGACUCCUACUUCCCACUAUGUGUAAAGAAGGCAAUUAAGAAUGCUUUCUUGAAAGCUGAUUACGAAUUUGCAGAUGAUUCUUCCCUUGACAUCUCUUCUGGCACCACUGCGCUUACAGCUUUUAUUUUUGGAAGGAGGUUGAUAAUUGCAAAUGCUGGUGAUUGCCGAGCAGUGCUUGGAAGAAGAGGCAGAGCAAUUGAGUUAUCCAAAGACCACAAACCAAACUGCAUCGCCGAGAAAGUAAGAAUAGAGAAGCUAGGUGGAGUUGUCUACGAUGGCUACCUCAACGGGCAACUAUCAGUAGCACGUGCCAUCGGAGACUGGCACAUGAAAGGCCCCAAAGGCUCCGCUUGUCCUCUGAGUCCAGAGCCAGAGCUGCAAGAGACUGAUCUGAGCGAAGAAGAUGAGUUCUUGAUAAUGGGGUGCGACGGUCUGUGGGAUGUGAUGAGCAGUCAGUGCGCGGUGACAAUCGCGAGGAAAGAACUGAUGAUUCAUAAUGAUCCAGAGAGAUGCUCUAGGGAGCUGGUGAGGGAGGCUCUUAAAAGGAAUACGUGUGAUAAUUUGACUGUGAUUGUUGUGUGCUUCUCUCCUGAUCCUCCACAGAGGAUAGAGAUCCGGAUGCAGUCAAGGGUGAGGCGGAGCAUAUCAGCGGAAGGGCUUAAUCUACUUAAAGGUGUGCUUGAUGGUUAUCCCUAAGCAUGUUCUUGUUGUUCUGUCUUUACUUUGUGAGAGGCUAUUGCCAUGUUAGAGAUGUUGUUGUGUUCUGAGUAUGUUGUUGUUGCCUAUAUUAGUAUUCAACAUUCAUUGAGAUUUUUGAUGGAUGCAUGUAUCACGCUUUUGUAAAUAACGUUUUUUUACUUGUAAAAUAUAUAUCAGAGCUUCUUCUUUGCUUA